CAGCGGAGGGCUGCGGUAUUUUUUUAUUUUUUUAAUAUCCUUUAGUACCAAUUAUUUGAUCCGGUACUAAAGGCGGUAGCAAUACCGGUACUAAAGGGGACUGAAGCCGCUUUCCCCAGUAGUGCAGGUAUGGUUGUGCUUAUUAUUAACACAUUUUGUAACGUGUACAAAGCUAGCAAUUUUAAGAUAUUUAUAAGUUCAUGAAAAAUUGGCUCUACUCCAACACAUGGGGCUUCUUAUAAACAUCUCAUGGUUUGUCGUAUGGAAAUUUACAUUCAUUGAGGUUAUCACUGAAAUAUCAUAUCAUACCCUUAUUCAAAACAACAAUCGGAUAAUGUUUGUUUUCACGUACAGAUGAUAUGUACCAAGUGGUGUUUCAAAAAAAAACUAUACUAAAUGGUAGAGUAUAAAGAAGCAAAUCUCAUAUCUGACCCAAAACGACAAUAAUGAAAGCGUAAAUAUUUUUAUGAAUUUUUAGUGUUUAAGCCCACUCAAGCAUACUUUUCAAUCCGGGCGUGUUACGCUCUCUAUAUGUUUUCUAGUACUCUUACCUAUACUCUUUAAUCAAUGACUGAAACUAAAUUGGUACUUUCAUGGAAAUUAAAUGUUACUAGUUCAUCAACUCAUGUUAUUCAAAAUUGCUUAUUUAACACGUCUUUUCUUAUCAGUUCAUAUUCUAAGUUCUAACACAAUAAUCAUCAAUAUUUUCUUAGCAUUAUUGGGUUGUGAUAUACAUUGAUUACCAAUCGCUUUGUGAUUUUCUAUUCUCAUUCAUAUGAUUUUUUUUUGUUCUGCAACAAUCUCCAUGUGUGUUUGACGUCUUUUAGUUGAAACCUUAGUUUGAGCUAUGCGUUUAAUAAGGAAAUAGGUAUGCUCAACCCUUUUUACAUACAGGUAUAACAUAUAUGUGUUUUUUAUGGUGACACACAUCAUGCAUAUGUAUACGCUAAGUAAACUUUUUAUAUCAACAAUAACAUAAAAGUGUGCAGUAAUUUAGAAGCACAGACACAUAGUAAUUUGGGGUAUUUUUUAAUCACAGAGGCAGGUAGUUUAGAUGCAUAUUUAGGUUAGUUUAAUUUAUUUUUAAUAAUGAAGGAUGUGGUAAGUCAAUGCAAAUUUAGAGCUUAUUUAAAAAUUAUUUUCUAUAAUAACAUAGGUGGGUAAUUUAGAUGAAGAUUAGGGUUUUAGAUUGCAAAGCUAAUUAAUUUAUAUUUAGAAUUAGGAGGAAGACUAUUUUUUUAUAAUGAUGGAGGUGAGUAAUUUUUAAAGAAACGAUGAUAAAGGUCCAUUGCAAUGACGUUCGGAUCUCUAUGAUCUUUGUAGCGUGUUUCAAGAGGAUUGACAUAGAAAAUUCAAACUAGUACUCCCUCCGUUCCAAACUAUAAGUCGUUUUGACUUUUUAAAUGCAUAAGUAUUAUUAUACAUCUAGACAUAGGGUAUAUCUAAGUGUAUAAUAAAAGUUUAUAAAUUAAAAAAGCUAAAACGAUAAAACAUCUAGACUUUUCAAAUUUGGGACGGAGGGAGUAACAUAGAAUUAUAUGCCGACUAACACAAAUGCACAACGAUAUAGUGUAUCGGUGUAUGUGUAUUCCCUUUACAUAUGUUCAUUUAUCAUUCGUUAAAAAAAAAGAUGUAAGAUCGACUUGCUACUUUGUACAGCCGUACAGGCGAAUGAGAAUGGUGGCAGAACCUUGAACGAGUUCCUCAUGGCGGGGCACAUCCAUCACGAUCUAUACCUGCAACACAUGGAAGUACGGCAAGCAGAUGCAUCAAAGAAGCUCGAAAUGCUGCGUCUUUCACCGAACUCUACUUCCCAAAUCGGCCUAAUACCCCACGGCAUCGCAGGUUCGCAACAGCGCUUGAGCUCCCCUCGCAGUGCCGGCCAGCGCCUGCCUAACACGCGCGCAAUUCGCACCCGCGUAAUCCCCCACGCACGGCGAGCACAUGCGCUGAAUCGGCCACACGUUUUCUGCAUCCCAUGUUCGCUCAUGAGCGCGGCUUCGAUCCCUAUAUAUGUUCACGCACACACUGAACACCGGCGCCAACUCGAGAACUCUGAAGACUCAGCUCUCACCUCCUACGGGGUUCUACCUCUGCUUCUUCUGCUGCUCGAUCAGGAAGAGAGACAGACAGAGUGAAAGCGAGAGAGAUAUAUAUACGAUGAUGAUGGCAGCGCCGGCGAAGUCAAUCGGGAUGGCCGGGAAGAAGCCCCGGAAGCCGUACACCAUCACAAGGCCGCGGGAGAGGUGGGUCGCCGAAGAGCACGACCGGUUCCUCCACGCCCUGGUGCUGUUCGGCCGCGACUGGAAGAGGAUCGAGGCCUUCGUGGCCACCAAGACGUCCACGCAAAUCCGCAGCCACGCCCAGAAGCACUUCCUCAGGGCCCAGAAACUCGGCCUCUCGGUGGCGCCGCUGCCGCACCCUCGCCGCGCCGCCGCCGCCGGCGUCCGCCAGGCAGACGAGACGAUUCAACUUCCACUGUCUCCGGAUGAUCCGCACUUCGCUCUGGUGUGCAGUCAACAGGGGUCCAGUACGCUGUGCGCGUGGGACAGGACCGUUGGGCUCAGCCUGAACCUGCAACAUGCAGGUGCAGCGUGCAGGCAAAGAGCAUCCAGUCCAAGUACCCCACCUGACACCGACUGCGAGAGGCUUUGCAUAAUUGCAUCGCAUCGCAGCCGCCGCAUUCAAGGAGAUCACGGCGGCCAUGUGAGAUCGAACCCCCAGAGCACGCAAGUUUUUUAAAAAAAAACAGUGCAGGCCGGCGGCAGAAAAACUCAUUCUGGGUUGGCCUGAAAACACUGGGCAGCUGUACCACGGCUGUCUUUUUUUUUUUGAACUUAUCUGUACUAUCGCUGUCGCAAUUCGAUUACUGUUUAAGGGACGUUCGCUGUUGUCCGCUCACAAGCCUACAACUCGAUGCCGUUCAACCGGCGGUCCAAACCCUACGAGUCACGUACUCCCUUCGUUCCAUAAAGAUUGUUCAUUUACACUUAAAAUUUAUCUUACAAAAUCAUUCGUUUAGCCUUCAAAAUUUAUCCCAUAAAAAUUAUUUAUAUAACUUUUAGGAUCCAACAAAACCCUCAUAAUAUCUUGUGAUCCAAUUAACGAAUCGAUCAUUUCCUCCCACCAUUAAUGCCCGAGUUAUACUCGCUAAACAGGGAAGGCUAAUAGGUCUGACAAUUACUGCAAACAUGCAUGCAUAAUUAAUUCUACUUGGUAAUCCAUCCGAUUAAGAAGAGUUAUUAGGGGUACUUUGGACUUUUAGCAUUGCUACUAUCUUGUCUAAAAUUUUCUAAACGAAUGGUCUUUGUGGGACAGAGGGAGUCAUUAAAUAGGCCGUUAUGUCAGCAAAUCGGUGACGUGGUAAGAGAGUUAUUAAGGAAAGAGAGAGAAACGGUUUCUAAGAGAGAAAUUGAGUCGGCGCUCGCUUCGAGGCACGAAGACACAGCCAAAGCCGCGAGGGGUUGAGCAGUGAUUUCUUCCUAACACGAUUUGUGGGGCCCUUCAUCGGGAGCUCGCUCCCAACCUUUAUCCUCGUCAGAACGCCGCAUUUGCGGGUCACUCCCCGAUGCUGCUGAUCUGAAAGGAUCGUGUGAUGUCUAGAGGGGGGUGAAUAGACUCGAUCUGAACAUCUGAAAAUUCUUCGCAGCGGAAUUAAAUACGUCGGAACUUCGGUUACAGGGGCGGAACUUCCGACGGAGUAAAAAGUAUUCUACGAAAUUCAAAUUUAAAUAGGUUUCAGCAGAAUCUAUUUGAAUCAAAAGUUCAGCAAUAAAGUAUAGGGACUAUUGCAGGUGAUCUUUAUGAGAGAAACUUCACAAGAAUAUAAAUCGGCACAAAUCAAGCUCUAGGUCAAUAAGAACUUAAAUAACACAACAAGCACACGAGACAAAUGAUUUAUUUACCGAAGUUCACUCCCACAAAGGAAGCUACGUCUCCAUUGAGGAGCUCACAAAGAGCCGGGUCCUCACUAACUCUUUACCUCUCUCAAUCAACCACAAAGGAGGAUUGAGACACUUACUAUGAAUCCUCCAAUAGGAUGAGCAAUACAAACUUUCCGGGCGCACCAGCACCACAACAAGAGGGCGCUCAAACAGGCGAUGUCGAACCGUCUAGAAACAAGCUUUAAGAGUAACAACUACGAAUUGAAGACCGAAGAUGCUUCAAGUGCUCUUGAGAUGAACUUGGUUGACCUCACACUCAAAGCUAGAGUCACACACCUCAAAUCCUUCUCUCACCCAAGCCCUAGCUCAAAACUCUCAAAGAUUUAGCUUAAGGAGGAAGUGAGGAGGAGUAUUGAAUGCUCUUGGAGGUGUUUGUCUCGUGUUAGGUUAGCAGCAAAUGAAGAGGGGGCUGAUGGGCUAUAAAUGCUCGAGCCCCAAAAACUAGCCGUUGUUGUGUUGUUAAGUGAUUGUCGAAACUUCUGACACCGGGUUGGAACUUCCGAACCUGAUCAAUUAAAUCCACUGAGCAACCUCUGUCGGAAGUUACUGGGAACUUCCGGCACUUGCCGGAACUUCUGACACCUAGUCGGAACUUCCGACAAAUGCAAAAUCUGUGAGAAACUACAUGUGCAUGGGUGUGAUUAAGGUAUCUCUCAUAGGUGGUUAGUAUCUCAAAUGAGCACUCUGACAUCUUCAAGUCAACAAGUCGCGUCCCCCUUCAUAGUAUGGUGUUCCUAUACUCAAAUUCAAAAUUAGAAAAUGAUAAACGAACUUCUCUUAAGCUCCAACACCGUUAUUCAACAAAUUCAGGGUACUUUCUUGCAUCUUUUUAUUUCUUUUGUUUUGAGACUAUCAAUUUCUCAAUAAAAUCACUAGUUCAUCAAAACCCACUUAGAGGGCCAAGAUGCACUUUGCACGCUCGCCGCAGCUACCCACGUGCUUGUCAUGGCCAGCCGGUAUUGCCCCGGACACCGUCCUCUCCAAGUUGAGGUCGAGGAGCUCGUCUGGUGCUGGCCGCCGUGAGUCGCACCAUCGAUCGCGGCGUAUCCUCCCGCGCGCGCAACUUGCAACUCACGCCGCCGCCUGUUCAUGGCUGACCGACGGAGGUGAGAUCGGGAAGAGAUGGACUGGCACCCCCUUGAGCUCACCAUGGCCGUGCCACCACCUGCGCUCCGUGGGACCCUGCAUAGCUGCUCCUGCGCCGCUCGCAUAGCCUUGCCGCCUCUCUGGAUCGACACAGUGUCAUCUUGCGUGCACUCGCCGCCCUUGGUCAUCAUAGCUAGCACAAAGUGGACGGGAUGCACCGCCCGUGCAUAGCCGGGGCUCACCUCGUCCUCGCCGCAUCCCCGCCGUGGCCUCUUCAUCGAGCACACUGAUGGACGCUGCUGCAACUUGCCUACGGCCCCGCUUGCCGGCGCGCAUCCUCGCCGCCUACAUG